UAUUCGUAUCGUGAACAACAAGCCCAACAACUUAUAAAUAACGUAGCCUCACAAUAAUAUUCUAAAUCAUCACCACUCCAUUCGGCUCUUUGAUAAAAUCGAUCAUGGGCAUACUAAAGCAAGGCAGCCACAAAGCACCAUCACCUCUGCUACUUUUACACAUAAUAAUCUUCAUACAGGUAGCUCCUCUGAUCGUAAAAGCUCAGUCUCUGAUACCGCCCAAGUACGAUGGGUUCGUCUACAAGAACAGAGCCGCGACCACGGAUUCGAUCAUAAUCGAAGCGUUUUUCGAUCCGGUUUGCCCCGACAGCAGGGACGCAUGGCCACCUCUUAAACAAGCCAUUCAUCACUACCCCUCGGGUUCUAUUUCGCUCAUCGUUCACACCUUUCCUUUACCGUACCAUGACAACGCAUUCGUGACUUCCCGUGCUCUGCACAUUGUAAAUAGCAUUAACAGCUCUGCUACCUACAAUUUGUUGGAAAUCUUCUUUAACGACCAGGAGAGGUUUUACAAUCCACAAACACUCAACAAUUCAAGGGCAUCAGUUGUUAACCAGGUCACUCAAGUCGCGACCAAGGCAGUAGGAAAAUCAAACCUUUCUGCCAUCCGAUCCGGCUUCCUUGAUAGCAAAACUGAUCAUGCAACAAGGAGUUCUUUCAAGUACGGUUGUUCAAGAGGGGUUUACGGGACACCAUUUUUCUUCGUUAACGGAUUUGCAUUAGCGGACGGUGGCUCGCCUAUUACUUACAAAAAAUGGAGAAGCAUUAUUGAUCCACUGGUGGGGAAAGGCAAAGCAUAAAGGAAGCUGCCAUUCAAGUACUUGAGCUUAAAGCAUAAAUAAAAAGUAAAAGCUAUGUGUUUUUAUCUAUCUGGGUACCUAUCAAUUGGGUCUCCAGAAGCAUUACUUGCUGUAUUGUUGUAAUUCUUUAAAAUGAUGUGAUGCAUCCAAAAACCUGAUUGAAAUAGAUGUUAAUUUGUGUUGGACCA